AUGACCGAAUCCUUCGCUCUCCUCCGCCGUCAGCGCACGGACGAUCUCUCCAAGCUAGCCGAUCAGCAUAUGCAGCAUGAUCUCCAACCCGAGGACCGCAAUGCACUCAAGUCUGCAGCAUCCACCGUUUCUCUCUGGACUACCGUCGGUUCUGCGGUGGGAAUUGGACUCGGACUUUAUGCGGCAAUUCGUUUGAGAAGCACUCGCAAGGCCUUUUUCGCCGCGGUGCGCGCACAGGAAAGACCGACCAGCGUUGUCUUUGCGGACGGCCGGACAGAGCCGAUCCCAGACCUUACGCCUUUGCUGAAACCAUCAGCUCUGGGAGACUUUGCGACAUACUUCUUUGCGUCGGCCGGUGGCCUGUUUCUGGGCGGAGAACUUGGCUUUGCUGGUGGAGCAGCUAGUGGAAGCAGGAGCAUCACUGCUGACCCCGAAAGGCAAAAGCGGAUCGAAGCUGCUUUUCGGAGAUUUCGGGCUGAUGUAUUACGGCGAGAGGCAGAUGAGCUGGAUAAGGGAGCGAGUGUCUCCGGUGUGAUGAUUUAG